AUGCAGACCAUUCUUCAAAGCCUUGAAGAAAGGGCAAAGGACAAGUGGGACGAAAAGUGCGAAGUGGCCUUUCAGAGCUUGUUCAUCUACCAGGAGAAGUGGACUUUGCCUCCCUUACUCUCAAAAUCGAUACCAGGCGAAGACUUGUUCAUCUACCUAGCGGUGUCUGACUCAGCUUUCAACUCAGCUCUAAUCCGAGAAGAGUUGGGGGCAUAA